CGCGUUGUAUGGGUUCAGUUUUCGAGUAAACAUUUUACCAUUUAGCCACCAAAGACGGAUACCUCGUGUAACUCUACAGAGAACUGCACGUGGUUUCCACAGUACGUUCAUUGUUGUUUAAAGUAGCUAGCUUAGCGCAAGCUAACGAUCGUUAGCUCGCUUAACUACCCGAUCACCGAGAAGUUGAUGCUGGAGCUCCGUGAAGAACUGCAGCAUGUUCCCCCGCAGCGCUGCACCGAGGGGGCGGCCAGCCCUCAGUAACGGCCUGUACCCUCCUCCCCCGGUGACCAGAUGUUACGAUUAUAACCACGGGAGAUUUGGAGGGGUCAACAGUUUUCAUGUCCCUGAACUUGAGAGGUUGCCUCCAUAUGAGUGGAAUCCCCCACGACCCAUCCCUGCUGUCCCCCAUCCUCACACACCACCUAUGACCAACGGGCGCAAGAGGCAGAAUUCUGAAUACAGCCCUCAUUUGGUGAAGCGCCAACGCCUUGACUCCUUCUCCCACCCAUCAAUAGAUUCUCCUUUAGUUCACAUCCCUUCACCCCCUUGUCAUCCUCAGCAAGUGAGGGCAGAGUCCUUGCGAUUAUCCACCACUAGUUUUGAACGCCCUUACUCCAGUCCACAGUUCGAUAUCCACCCUCCAGCACCUGCUGUACCAGAAAGCUUUAACAGCCUACAGGCCUACGCCAAGGACAAGCUGAGUGUUCAGAUGAUGGAGCUGUUUGAAGCAUGCCAGCAGCAGCCUCCAGAUUUGGAACGCAAGGAGAGGUGUCGAGCUCGACUGCAGGAAGACAUACAAAGCAUCUAUGCAGUGGCACGGCUUUACCUGACUGGAUCUUCUAUGAAUGGAUUGGGUUGCCGAAGCAGUGACGCUGAUCUGUGUCUGGUCAUCAAGGGAAAUAAAAGACCUGAUCCUAUUCAAGUCCUCUCUCGCCUCCAAAGGACUUUCAGAACCCUCUCAUAUGUAGAGAGGACUCAGCUGAUCAGAGCCAAAGUGCCGAUCCUCAGGUUCAGAGAGAGAGGCAGUGAUCUAGAGUUUGAUCUGAACAUCAACAACACAGUGGGCAUCAGGAACACAUUCCUUCUGAGGAGUUACGCCUAUGCUGAUCUCAGGAUAAGACCCAUGAUCCUUGUCAUCAAGAAAUGGGCACGGCACAAUCAAAUCAAUGACGCCAGCAAAGGAACAUUGAGCAGCUACACACUGGUUCUGAUGGUCCUGCACUACCUUCAGACUCUUAAAGAACCCGUCCUUCCUUCUCUACAAAGGGACUACCCAGAGUGUUUCAGUCACUUCAUGGAGAUAGACAUGGUUCCAGAGGGUCCCAAACGCGUCCCUCCUUAUCUCUCAAGAAACCAUUCCUCUCUGGGAGAGCUGCUUUUGGGCUUUCUCAGAUACUAUGCCACAGAGUUCAGGUGGGAUAAGGAGGUGAUCUCAGUUCGAGAGGCCAGAGCUUUGCCCAAGACCAAUUCUAAAGAGUGGACAAACAAAUACAUUUGCGUGGAAGAACCAUUUGAAAGAAAUAACGUCGCCAGAGCGGUCCACGAGAAGAUCAAGUUCGAUGCCAUUAAAGCUGAGUUUGCUGAGUCAUAUCGGAUACUACGGGACAGGAAGGACCUGAACUCGAUCCUCCCAGUCAGAGCUGUCAUUAAUAAGGAGUCAUCUCUUAGAUAAGGGAUUCCUCUAAUUAGACAAGCUGACUGGCGUCUUCUACCUCAAGACAGGUUUGUCUCCAGAACAGAUGCAAAGCUUUUGGGACGUGCUGAGAGAGAAGCCCUGCUGCCUCGGCACCUCACAGCCAGAACGGCCCUGGAACCGAACGUCAUGGCUGCCUCGGUGUUGAUCACAAUCUGUGUUUUCUGUGGCAGUGCUUUUGAAAAUGUUGAACUCACUGUCAAAUGCCAAAUUUGUGUAACUGAUACUAUUCCAGUAACCAAGAGUAAAGGAAAAAGUACAGUAAAUGUGGAGGGACCGCAGAGAAAUCUAAGUUGUGUCCCUUAUACAGAGAAGCUCUGAAGCAGGGUAAUAAUGGUCAGUGUUAGUAAAGAUGCUUAGUACUGCUACAUGGCCCUCUUUCCCAGUCUGCAUGGGCCUGCAGAAAGAAGUGUAUCUAUGAAAUAGGCGAUGACACAAACUGAUAUCAGUGGUCCUUCCAUAUGUAAACCUACUUUAAAUGGGAGCAACAACAUUUAGGUUGCAAACUCUGCCACGUUUAUCUCCUCUGAUGUCAGUUCAAAUUACAUCCACAUUGUUGGAGCCAAACUGCUCAGUGUCAGAUGAGAAUUUAUUUCUGCCACAUAUAUGUACAGUAAAUCAAUCGCCUGUUUGGACCAACUUGUAACAUCAAAGCCUUUUUUCUAUUUUUGUAGGUGAGCUGGUACAGUAUUGUGGGUUUAAACACUGCACACGCUUUUUUUCUACAGUUACAUUGAAGACCUUCUCGUUUUUCAUCAUCACCGUCUUCACAGAUAUCCGAGUUUGUUAUUAAGCCAUGUUUAGGUUAGCGCCAUUAUUAAAGCUACUCUGAGUUGAUCACUAGAGGGCUGCAAAGAAGCCAGACUCUGGCUAUUUCUGUUCCUUUGUCAUUGCUCCUGAUGUGCAUCAUUGUUUCUCACCGACUGGUGUCAAGGCAUUACGAUGCCAUUGUAGUCAUCUACUUGAUGUGUUUGGACUACACUCAAUUUUCAUUUCACUUAAUACUUGAGUUCUUUAAAGAAUUUACACUUUUGAGUGUGACUUUGUUUGUUCUUUCAUCUUUGGUUCAGGUUUUUCCUCUGCUCUUUUUGUAUAUAUUUUGUGCAUUUCUGACUUU